AUGCAGGACCGCUUCUCCAAGUGGUUGGAAAUGCGCCUCCUGCGCCGCGCCACCGCCCCCGCAGUAACCACGCACAUCGCCGAAGCGAUUAUAUUCCGCCACGGCUGCCCCGACACGAUAUUGUCGGACAACGGCACGCAGCUCCGUUCUAGUAAACUCGCGAAAAUGCUCGCCGCCCAUAACGUCCGACACGUAUACGCACCGGUCCACGCGCCGCAUUGCAACCCGGUCGAGCGAACAAACCGGGUUGUAAAAACAAUGAUUUCGCAAUACGUCGAUCGAAACCACCGUAAUUGGGAUGAGCGCAUCCCCGAACUCCAAUUCGCGUAUAAUACGGCCCGCCACGAAGCUACCGGCUACACCCCCGCGUAUCUCAUAUUUGGCCGAGAACCAAUCUCCCCUCUCAACCGGGAAACCGCCCCAAGCGCCGCGGCCGCUCCGCCGGACGAAACGCGCCGACACCUCGAGGAGGCCUACGAACUCGUGAGAGUACACCUGGCGCGCGUUUUUCAGAGACAGGAAAAAUAUUAUAAUCUACGACGCCGCCAGUGGGCACCAAAGGUCGGGGAGUGGGUAUGGAAACGCGAAUACCCACUCGCCAACAAAGCCGCCGCGUUUAACGUCAAGCUGGCACCGAAGUUCCGCGGGCCCCUCGAGGUGCGCCGAAUUGUAUCACCGGUAAUCGUCGAUCUCCGCGACAAAAGCGGCAAGUGGAGCCGCCAUAUCCACGUACAAGAUUUAAAACCCGCGCCCGCCGCCCUUGCGUCUGACGUCAACGAAGAGGACAAUGACACCGAGACCAACACCGGCGAAAACGACAUCGAGGACGACGGCAGUACCGAAACCGAAACCGACAACGAUGAAAACACGGAACCAGGAGAUAACGACAAUAACAACAACGAAACAAAGUCAGAGGACGACGACAGAGCCGAAGAUUAG